UUUGUGUUCGGUUUCUCUUCCGCUUACAGUGGGGACAAAGAAAAAAACAACACAACUACCAAGUUGACUCCUUUUAAUUACUACUACUAUAUCCAAUCAUGCUCACAACCCCAACAACAAUAAUGCCUUUUCAUCUUCUUCUAUAACCCCUCUCUCUCUCUCUCCCUCUUUUUCCAAUACAAUCUGUCACCUUUUUUCGACUUUUUUAGCAAUUUUCCCAAUUUAGAUAUAUUUCAUUCCCGUCAUCCUCGUUGUAAUUCAACUUUUUUUCAUUCCUUUUGGUCAAUGGAGGGGGUUGUUUGAAUUUCAACAAUCUUCUCCUACAAACCACAAUAAUCAUCACUAACCUUUUUAUACCAUGUUGUUAUGUUUUUUUUCUCCUUUUUUUUUCUUCUGAUCAUCGUACCAUUCAAAAUGUUUCAUUAGGAAUUACGAAAUUAUAACGAGAAGAUUAUAGUUUCACUUUUUAUUUGAUGUUUCAUGUCAGGCUCUUGGAAUUGGAAUUUGAAUUGGGAAUAAUUACAGAUUCUUCUUUAAGGUUUAAGGUUUAUGGAGAAAGACUCAAGAAUCAUGUGAGGGUGGUCUUUGACAGUUACAACUAAUUCCCUGUAGGCUUUGAGAAACCUUAAUUGGGUUGUUGUUAAUUUGGUGAAUUCAAUGAUUGAAUGAUUGAAUGAUUCUAUAUAUAAGAAUUUCGGACUGAUUAAGGUUUGAAAUUUGAAGAUUCCAUGUCAAGGACUUUUGUCAAAAAGUGAAAUUGGGGAUUUUUUUUCCUGAUUAUAGUUAUAAUUGUUGUGUUGAUUAAUUGAUUUCUGAGGGACAUGAAGUUUCUAAGUUUAGUUGGAAAUUCCUUUGGGUGUUCUGCAUCUGGGGAAAGACUAGUUUCUGCAGCAAGGGAUGGUGAUGUUCAAGAGGCUAAGGCCUUGUUGGAAUAUAAUCCUCGUCUUGCGAGGUAUUCGACUUUCGGAGUUCGGAAUUCUCCUUUGCAUUACUCUGCUGCUCAUGGCCACCAUGAGAUAGUGCAUCUCUUGCUUGAAUCCGGCGUUGAUAUAAAUCUCAGGAAUUAUCGUGGUCAGACUGCAUUGAUGCAAGCUUGCCAACAUGGUCACUGGGAGGUGGUUCAGACUCUGAUCCUUUUCAAAGCGAAUAUUCAUAAAACAGAUUACCUAAAUGGAGGUACUGCCCUCCAUUUGGCUGCUUUGAAUGGCCAUACUCGGUGCAUUCGGAUCCUUCUCGCAGACUAUAUACCAAGCAUUCCUAACUUUUGGGAUGUAUUGCAGACGGGCGAUUACAAAUCAAUCGCAGAAUUUGAUCAAAGUGGUAUUUGCGAGAUAAUUAACAAAACUUCGGAUGGAGGCAUCACUGCUCUGCAUAUGGCAGCAUUGAACGGACAUGUUGAAAGUGUGCAGUUGCUCUUGGAAUUGGGAGCUUCCGUGUCCGAGGUUACCGUAGAGGAUGGAACUACUAUCGAUUUAAUCGGUUCUGGGAGCACUCCGCUUCAUUAUGCUGCAUGUGGUGGAAAUGCACAAUGUUGUCAACUAUUGAUUGCCAAGGGUGCCAGUCUCACUGCCGAGAAUGCAAAUGGAUGGACUCCCUUAACGGUCGCUCAUUCAUGGCAUAGAAGCUGGCUUGAGGAGACCUUAAAAACGCCUCCAGCCGAAAAUUUACAAGUUCUUCCUUCGCCAUACAUAUCUCUUCCAUUUAUGAGCAUCGUGAAAAUUGCUAGAGAAUGCGGAUGGAGGACAAGCGACUUCGCACCGAUUUGCUUAGAUCCGUGUGCAGUUUGUUUGGAAAGAAAAUGUAUGGUCGCUGUAGAAGGUUGUGAUCAUGAAUUCUGCACACAAUGUGCCUUGUACCUUUGCUCAACAACCUCAGCUUCAACAAGCAGACAUGGUCCCCCAGGUUCAAUUGCCUGUCCUCUCUGUCGCCACGGCAUUGUCACAUUUGUCAAGCUUCCACACACAAGACCCUUACCUAAAGAAAUCCAAAGGACAACAACAAACUUGUCCUUAACUUUCUGCACUUGUUCAAGUGAAGUUCUUGGCGAUUCCACUGACAUGACAACACCCUUUUGCAAACCAACAACUUCACGUGCCUCUAAAACUCCUUCCAUGUCCAGUUGUCAGAGAUUCUCUUCCUUCAGAAUCAACUCUAGUCUUUGUUUCGGAGCUUCUGAUGUUACUCCUUCCUUGGUUCCUUGCACAAGCGUUGGAACAAACUUGAGGAACCAUUUAACAAGAUAUGCUGGUUCUGGUUCUCGUUCUCGUUCUGGUUCUGGUUUUCGAAGAUCUUCAUCUCAAAAUGAGAGAAGAAAAGCUUCUUGGUUUUGUUCUUUCAAUUCUUUCAAUCAUUCUGUUUCUACAGCCACUGGAUGCUGAUUACAUACUCUUCUCAUUUUCAUUCACAGUAUCAUAAGUUAUAAAUUCUGUUAUAUUCAUAUUUCAAAAAAAAACAAAAGUUCAUAUAAUAUAAUCUUGACACAUUAUUAGCUUGUAAAUAAACACCACAUCGUUGGAACAUUCUUUUGUUUUAUUUUACAAACAAAUUAUACUAUUUUUGUUCA